UUGCACAAAACGCAUGAUCGCACCGGCUAUUCUAGUGCGCGUUGCCAUUUAUUUCCCUUUAUUAUUCGCGUUGUUCACAUUGUGUUCUGGUUUUAUAAUUUCAUUUUUUUAAGCUCAUCACCAUCGUCAUCAUCAGCAGCAGCUGUUGCGCCGGAAGAUAGUGCUUCCCGUGAUUCAGCAGGCUCGGUACCGAGCGAUAAAUCGCGUCCAGGAUCAGCUCCCCGAGCUACAACUCCAAAUUCGGAAACGGAAAACGUGGAAUACACUGAUCUCAUCAAAUACUACAACCGAGUUUUCAUUGCACGUGUGGAAACGUUUGUGAAAAAACUACAGCCUGGACUCGCUGAGAAUGGUAUAUCACUGUUAUCAAUCCCAACGGUUCAGUGCAAUCGCUUAUCACCGCAGAGGAAUGUGAACGAUCACGUUACGGUCUCACCGAUGCCUGCUAUGCCUGUAUCACCAAUACGACCAGACUUGCGAACCAUCAACAUGAUGGUACAUAACGCUGCCCGAGUUAUCCCUCAACCUUAUAGCAACAGCCAUUCGAAUCCCUUUCGUAAUGUAUCUCGUCCUUGA